AGCCUCGUACGGAAUGGUGGUCAAUCGAAAUACAACUAAACAUAUUUACGUAACGAUUUUUAAAAUAAUAACGCACAAUUUCAUUUGAUUUUUUUUCUAAACAUGUGGUAUAUUAUAUCCCACUCCAAUCCAGAUCACCGUGUUGUUAUUCUGGGUGGUAAGCAGUAUCUUGUCGGGAGAAGAGACUGCGAUAUUUUGGUUGCAAAUGAUGCAACAGUCAGUCGGAAGCAUGCAGAAAUAUCAAUGACACAUCCAGAGGCUAACUUGGCCAGUGUGUCCAGGUUACCUAUUCUAAGGUUGAAAGACGUUUCCAAGUUUGGAACAUGGGUAAACAACAAGAAGGUUGAAGGGGAACAACUCCUGUCAGAUGGGGACUCAAUUUACUUCGGGUCACAGAAAUCAUCUUUUAUGGUGGUGUUUGAGCCGUUUGUAGUGACAGCCUCAUGCCUGGAAAGUGCUUCAAAGAGAAAGCUGCAUCAGCAGCUGUGUACACUGGGAGGUCAUGUGACCAAGGAAUGGCAGAUGGACUGCUCUUGCCUCCUCAUGAACAAGAUAAGUGUCACAAUUAAAGCCAUUUGCGCCCUGGUUUCACAGAAGCCCAUUGUGACACUGGACUACAUUGAUAUGUACAUCAAGCAUUUACAAGGAUCUGUAGAGAAACCGGAUCCUUAUAGGUUCACUCCAAGCUUAGCUGAGACACAACUGGAUCCCAGUGAUGUGUCAUUCGAGGCAGACAGUAGAAGAAAAACACUCUUUCAAGGAAAAACAUUUGUGUUUCUCAAUCACAAGCAGUUCAACAAGAUGAGACUGGCCAUAGAGCUAGCGGGUGGAGUGCCGUUGUUAAUGGAGGGCAAGGGAGACCAGCAUGUGAUACUGGGCCCUCAGACAGUCGUCAUGAACAGCAGUGACGCCAGCUUGACUCAGGGCCAGGGAGACUGGGUGCAGACAGUUCACACCUUGCUAGAAAGGAAUGGAAAACACUUCAUCCAGGAUGCUGCAAUAGGCUACGCAGUUCUUUACUGUUCCACAGAGAAACAUUGCAACCCGGAGUAUUCACAAGACCAGGACGUUUCCAGGCUGCCUUCACAGACUUUGUCCCAGGCCGACCCAUUUGUUGCCAAUACAGACACCCAGCUUCAGGGCAGCAGGGGUUCAGUUGUAAGCCAGAGACGGAAGCUAGGCAUAGACUCACAAGCUGCCGUUAAUGAGACCAGACUCUCUUUGUCCAUACCUGCCACUCCAGAAAUGAAAUGUGUCAGUCAUGUCAAAUCACAGCAAGUGCCAGAUAUGAUGCAGGAGGAGACAACCCUAGCUAAGACAACCAUGUCAGCUCAUAAAAGAGGUAGACAAAGACACGAUAUAGACCAAGAGACUGUGUCAGAACAGGUUGCUUCCAAACGCGUCAAAACUGAACCAGUUACACCUGCUAAAAUCAGCCAGUCUGUAACCGGUACUGGCAUGAAACCCAGUCCUGCUCAAUCAGGUAGUGGUACAAACAAAGCAGCUCCAUUUACACAGGCCAGUAAAUCAGAUGUCAAUACAAAUAAGAGACUGAAAAGACUUGAGGAGGAUUGGGGAAGUGAUGACGAUGAUAUCAAUUAUUCUUCCAUUGUAAUUGAGGACAUUCAAACCACAGAGCCAAGAAAGUCAAUCAAUGAGUCCCCAUCAUCAUUUGCUCAAAGAAACGAAACCAAGGAGCAAAAAUCUGAUGAAAAGAGAAAGUCUCUUUUCCCAUUUGCUCCAAGGAGUAAUGAUACACAAAGCAGUCUGGGAAAGAAGUCAAGAUCCAGGUCAAGGUCAGUGUCCCCAGUCCCAAUGGCAGAAGUAAAGCAAGAGGUUGACUUAGAAAGUGGAUGUCCAAGGUUAAGGGUCACAGCAGAAAGGCCAAGGUCACCUAUAUCCUUGGCGCAAUGUCACAUAAAAGCUGAAACCAUUGAAGCUCUUGAACAUUCAGAGAAUCAGAUGAAACAAAAUUGUAAAUACGAGCUAGAGACUGACCAGCCUGUAGCUGUUGUCCAAGUGGAAGUGGUCAGUCUGGUUGCUAGGGGACAAAAACCAAAAGAAAACUUGGCUAGGAAUUGUGCAGAUGGUUUCACGAGGUGGAAGGGCAAGAUGGUGAGGAACUUCAAGAAAUUCAAGAAGACGAAUCAUGCUGGUUCCCAGUCUCUGCCAAACAUCAUCGGAGGGAGUGACCUCGAGGUACACUUGGCUCAGCGAUCCAAAGAACUUGAUGACUGGUUUAGAAAAACUAAUCAGGUUCAUCGUCUUUUUUUCUUCCUCCGCUUAUGUGUAUGCCAUUAAAGAGUGUAGUAGCCUGUUUCUGCAA